AGGCAAAUAAUUAACAUUUCAAUGCAAGUAUUUAAAAUAAACAUGGAUGCAAAAUAUGCACUAUUUCAAACAAUAUUAAUUAUUCUCUGUGUACUUACUGGUAAGACGGAAAGUAACCACGAACUACAAGACAUCGAAAAAAUAUUUUCAAAGUGCGAGAAGCACUCGGCACAAUUCGAUGCUUGCAUGAAACAGGCUCUAAAUGAUCUGAAACCUUAUUUUAAGCGAGGUAUACCGGAAAUUGGCGUCGCUUCUUUUGAUCCCCACACGGCGAAGGAAGUCAAGCAAACACGUACAAUGCUUGGACUUAAAUACACUAUCAUUUUGCGCGAUGUUUUUGAAUAUGGCUGGACUCAAUCUACCGUUACUAAAUUCAAGACUAACUGGGCAAACGAGUCGAUUAUCUAUUCGCAGUAUUUCCCAGAAAAAUACUUAGAAGGACAAUAUGAAUUCAAGAGCGGGGUGUUGGGAGCGGGAGCCGAGUGGGCGCGCUCCGGUCGAUGGAACCUCACGCUGCGCGACUACGCGCAGACGACGCGCGUGGAGCGGCGCGGCGCCGCGCUCCACGUGCGGGUGGAGAUCGACCGCAUAGGGGACAUGGACCUGCAUAUCUCUAAUCUACUUACUGGAACCGGAUUAGAACAACUAGUUGAUGGUGUGAUUAAGACGUUUUGGAAACCGGGGUUCAGACUAGUCAGACCUGUGAUCAAUGACCUUGUAAGCAGUGCCUUUACCAAUAUCUGGAGUGAAUCCUUUAAGAACUUCAAUGUCCAAAACUUCAUUAAAAACUAACUUCAGCUCGAUCCACAUAUAUUCACAUAAUACA